GCCCGCGCCCUCCCGGCCGCCGGCCCCGCAAGGGAGCGGCGCGGGGGGCGGUCGGCGCGUCGUCCCCUCGCUCCCCCGGCUCCGGCCGCACCGCCGCCGCGGGGACAGCCGGCGGCCCCGGGCAGCCCCAGGGUCCGCAUGGCCGCUGCCCUUCAGCCGGCGGCGAGAGCUGCUGGCGGCGGCGCGGCGCUCCGGGGGCUGCAGUGAGCCGGCGGCUCGCCCUGCGGGAUGUGGCCGGCCGGGGCGGGCGGCAGGCUGCCCUGCCCGCGGGACGCGGCGCUGCGGCGGGCGGCGUUCUCCGGGAACCUCUCUGCGCUGCCGUCCCACCUGGUGCCGAGCGGCAGGAGCGUCCGCGUCUUCAUCAGCGCCAACCCCGAAGAUACAAUAGCAGAAAGGAGGGCCCUAAGAGAACAUGUGUAUCCUAAGCUGAGAGAAUUCUGCAGAGAAAACUAUGGCCUGGAAUUUCAGGUCAUAGACUUGUACUGGGGAGUUGAAGCAGAUGAAUGGGACAGCCCUGAGCUGCAGAAGACUCGCAUGAAGCUGCUGGAAGAUUGCUUGAAAAGUUCUGCAGGUCCAUGUUUUGUUGGCCUGUUGGGAGAGAAGUAUGGGAACAUCCGAAUACCGGGGGAAGUUGAGUCAGCAGAGUUUGAAAUGAUCCUGGAUGCUGCUGUAGAGGCCAAGCUAGAGACAAGGAUUUUAGAGGAGUGGUACUGCAGGGAUGAGAACGCAGUGCCACCAGCAUAUUACCUCAGACCAAAAUCAGAAAUGCUGAAGAACUACCAGAAUACGAUGGAAUCUUCUUCAAAUUCUAUGAAUGAGAACAAAUGGCAAGAUAUAUCAGAGGAGAUUAAGAAGAUUUUUAAGACUGCCGUGAAAUUGCUGCAUGAGAAAGGAAAAAUGAAACACAGCCAAGCAAAGAGAUAUCUUUCCUCUGCUAUUGAAGAUGAACUUGAUUUUGCCUUGGGUAAACAAACACCAGCUUUUCUAAAGAAGUGUGUUUGCUACAUCCGGAAAAUUGCCAACAUUGAGCGUUUCGUUAAAAUUCCCGAGAUGGGAAAAUACAUGGACGUGGUGCAUAAAGCUGGGAAGUUCCUACGAGAUCCUGAAGCCCAUGAGAAGCUGAUCAAGCUCAGGGAUGAAUUCAUUCCUACCAUUGUCGCAUCGUCCAAUCUGAGAGUGUACACGUCCGUCACCCACUGCGACAUGAAGCUGGGUUACUCCCAGGAAGUGGAGAGCCAUUACAUUGAAGGGCUUGGUAAACAGUUCUACGAAGACAUGAUUGAUAUAAUCCAAGCUACAGUGCAGCAGAAUUUUGACACGGAGACGGACGUGCUGUACGAUGAAGUUCUUCAACACUCAUCGCUAUGUAAAACGUACUCCACCUUUUAUGAAUAUAGAUGUGAGGCAUUAAACAUCGUUCACAAAUAUGUUCUGCCUAGAAAACUAGGACACAUUAACCCUCUUAUCAUAUAUGGAGGACCAUGCACAGGGAAGACUCUUCUGUUAGCUGAAGCAGCGAAGAAGGCCUAUUCCUGGCUGCAAGAAGAGAUGGGACCAGAUUCUGACCCCGUGGUAGUUAUAAGAUUUUUGGGAUCCACUGAAACAAGUACAGAUCUGAAGAAUAUACUUCAAAGCAUUUGUGAACAGCUAGCAGUCAACUAUCGCUGCCUCGUACAAAGUUACCCGAAAAAGAUUCAUGACCUUCGGGACUUGUUCAUAAAUCUCUUGAAUGAGUCUUCAUUUCACAGGCCACUGGUGAUCAUAUUUGAUGCUUUAGAACAGCUAACAGAUAGUGAUGAUGGUAGGAAGCUCUGGUGGCUUCCCAUUCACCUUCCACGUUCAGUACGCAUAAUUUUGUCAACACUGCCAAACAAGCAUGGGAUCCUGCAAAAAUUGAGGUGCCUUAUUCAUGAAGAAAGCAACUAUAUUGAAUUGACUGCAAGGGACAGAAAGAUGUGUAGUCAAGUACUGAAACAUCAGCUGCUGCGAGUUAAAAGGAAAGUAACAUCAGGGCAACAGAUCUAUGUCAAUGAGGCAUUCUCCAAGUGCACACUGCCUAUGUUUGUGAACUUAACCUUCAGAGAGGUCAGGCACUGGAGAUCUCAUAAGGAUGUGGAUGAGUCCUCCCUCUCUUUUACCGUCCAUGAAAGCAUAGAGCAGUUGUUUUGGUCGCUGGAAAACAAGUGUGGGUCAAGACUAUUGUCAAGAGCACUUGGCUACAUCACUAUGUCCAGAUCUGGCCUGAGUGAAAUGGAACUGGAGGAUAUUUUAGCCCUUGACAACAGUGUUAUGUAUGAGCUGAAUGAGAGAGUCAGAGAGAGUAACCCACUGAGAAUUCCUUAUAUAUACAUUGCAAGACUUAAGGAGGGCUUACAGGGGUAUUUAAUAGAGCGGCAGGUGAAAAAUGUAACGCUGCUUCUUUGGGCAAAUAGGCACUUGCAUCUGAUUGCCCAGAAAUUGUACCUGCACAAUGAAGAAGACUUGCGUGAAAUGCACACGGUCAUGGCAGAGUAUUUCCUUGGUGUUUGGUCAGGUGGACGAAGAAAACCUUUUUACAGCAAUGACCAAUAUCCGAGUGGUUGUCCUGACCGUGGCAGUAAAGGCCUGAACGAGGAUGACAAGCACUGCAUGGAUCAGGCUGCUUUUGACAGGCAGGCACCAGAUCAGCCAUGGGUCUUUCAGUGUAACCCAUUGGAACCUGACAUCUUUUUUAUUAAUCACAGAAAAAUGACUGAGCUUAUUCAUCAUUUAACAAGAUGUGGAAGAACUGAUGAUCUUCUGUAUGGAGUCAUCAUGAACUUCAGCUGGCUGUACACCAUGAUUAGAAUAGGGCAGUUUGAUAAAGCACUUUCUGACAUAGAACUGGCUUACACAUACUCUCAGGAGAAGGAGCUGAAAUUUCUGGCCAGUACCCUCCGCAGUAUAAAGUUCAAAGUAGUAAAAUACCCAGGUUCGCUCUCUGCUGAAUUGCAGCAGAGACUUCUCCCAGUAGUAAGUUCAUUGCCCAAACUCAGACAUCUCCUCCUAGAAUGUGACAAGGAUGGACCCAAGUACUGCUCUAUCGUCCCUCUGCAUUCCUCCAUGGAUGUGACUUACAGCCCCGAGCGCCUGCCACUGUCAUCCAGCUGCAUGCACGUCACCGAGAUUUUGCCUACGUUUAAUCCCAGCACAAUUAUUGCUGCUUUAGAAAAUGGCUCCAUUAGCACUUGGGAUGUAGAAACCCGCCAGUUACUAAGGCAAAUCACAACAGCUCCAUCUGUUAUCUUAGGGAUGAAGCUUAGUAGCGAUGAAAAGUAUCUUGUAGUAGCUACAACAAACAACACUCUUUUGAUAUAUGAUAACAUAAAUUCCUGUCUUCUAUCUGAGGUGGAAAUUAAGGGGUCGAAACACUGUGGACUUGCAGGGGACUCCAGUUUUAUAAAUGGAUUUACGUUAUCAGUCAACCAUGCGCUUGCUUGGCUGGAGGCCAGUAAAGAUGUUACUGUAAUAGAUCUGCUUUAUGGCUGGCCUCUCUAUCACUUCCACUGCUGGUACGAGGUGACCUGUGUGCAGUGCUCUCCAGACGGAGUUUACGCAUUCUGCGGGCAGUAUCUGAACACCGCGACCAUUUUCCACUUGGGCAGCGGAGAGAAGCUGACCACCGUGACCUCCGAAUUUUCAAGUGGAUUUGUGAAAUUCCUUCUCAUUUUGGACACAGCCCAAGAAAUGGUGAUGGUGGACAGUGAGGGUAGCCUCUCCGUUUGGAAUACAGAGGAAAUCGCAAAACCCCAGCUUACAGAUGACUUUGACUGCAGAAGAGAAGACAGCGAAGUUGUCAGCAUAGAGCUUUCUGAAGACCAAAGUGCAAUUCUAAUAUGUAAGGCUCUCAGCAUUGAACUUCUUGACACUCGUGUGUGGAAGGUGGCUGAAAAGUUUAGAGCUAAACACAAUGAGCGCUUUAUAUCUGCUGUGCUGUCCAAAAAUGGCAACUGUAUAAUUGCUUCAAUGGAAAAUACCUCAGCCAUUUUUGUUUGGAGAAGAGAUACUGGACAGUGUAUGGCAAGCUUACAGGAAAUCUCAGGAACUAUAGUCAGGCUAAUUAAAUCAAAUCAUCAUAACAUGCUGCUAUCCUUAUCCACCAGUGGUGUCCUUUCUAUCUGGGACAUAGACAUCAUAACUGCUAUGUCCAAUAUUGACAAAUCUGGCAAACCCAUCCAAAGACUGGUGUUGCCAGCCAGAGGUGAAUUAAUAUACACAUUGGAUGGAUCAGAUUCUGUCCAUAAGUGGAACUUCAGCACUGGAUUUAUUGAAGCUGUGUUCAAGCAUGAAGGUAUUGUUGAAAACUGUGUGCUGACCUCUUCUGGAGAGAUAAUGAUUACAUCAGAUGAUAAAUGCAGCCAGUACGUAUGGCACACGGUUAGUGGUGAAAAUAUAUUUCGCAUUAACGGGCAAAAGAUCUCAGAGCUGAUGAUUACUCAUAAUGAUCAGUUUGUAGUCUCUCUCUGCGAGCAGAAUGCAUCUAGAGUUUGGCGACUGGCUACAGGACAUAGGGUUUGCAAUAUUUUAGUUGCCUUACAGAAUGCAUUUAUAACAACUGCAAAUACAUUUGUAGUUGGAAUGGCAAAGAACAAAGUGCUGGCAGUGAGUCUCUGGACAGGCAGUAUAACAAAGAAGUUUUGCUGCGAUGAUGGUGCAAGCAUUGUGGAUAUUAAGUUGAUACCAGACUGCCCAGAUAUUAUAGUAUUUAUAACAUCUACCGAAACUGUGAACAUCUGGAGCCUCACAGAGGAGGUCAUCUGCAGACGUGUACAGUUGCCUACCAAUUUCUUAAAAAAACUGGAAGACUUUGAAAUAUCUCCAAACGGGAAGCUAGGAAUUAUAACCCGUGGUGAUGAGAACAUCAACGUGCUUGAUCUGUACAGCGGAAAACUCCGCGUGGUUCACGCCCCGGGUGUCAUCUGGCGGCAGAGGCUGUCCCGGGACGGCCGCUACCUGGUGUACAUUUGCUGCCGUGGGGAAGAAGAUGAUGACAAUGGUGCAGUCUCUAGUUUAAUUGUAAUGAGGCUAGCAGAUGGCAAAAACAUCGGUGCCUGUUCUCUUUAUAAAACUCCCACUUUUCUUGCACUCUCACAGAGACAUUUAAACAUUAUUAUUGGAUUUGAUGAUGGAAGUAUAGGCACUUACACUGUAGUGGAUCGAGUUGAUGCUGCGCUGAAAAUCAAAAUUGCUACUUCAAACAGCCGCCAGAUUUUCAACAACGCAACACAAGUGAUUAGGCCAAAGUGUCACAAUUACAGCUUCAAAGUGACUGCAGACUGCAUUUGGAGGGAAUCAACAGAAGUAUUUGCAAGGGAUAGCCCCAUUACAGUUACAGAGGCUGAGGUGAGUGAAGCAACACCAACCAAAAGACACAGCUACUGCUAUGAGAAAGUGUGCUCAGCCAUAGAUUGCAGAGGUUUUGCAUCUGACAACUGAGUAAACAUCUGGACGAGCUUAUCUGAGUAGUACACUUGCUUAGGUGUGUCUUCUGAAUUAAUGUAAAAAUCAGUGUGUUACUUGGAAGACAGACAGAAACAGCAGAGGGCAGACCAGCUGUUUUUUCCUGUCUUACAUUUCUAUAAACAUAAAAGCAAACAUAAAGCAAGUGGGCUGCAGGGUUUUUUUUUAAUUUUGGAAUAUAAGGUUUAGUCCAGAAUUUCACCAGGGCCUUGAUUAAAAAUUUCUAGCAAUACUAUCAAAAUUGUUACGCUAUUACAGAAGUUAGGUGAUCAUAUCUGUGGUUGACAGACUGUUUUAACUAGAACUAAAGCUCUAAGUGACUGGUGAGAAGUCAGACCACUAUUUUAUAUUCCAAGUCACCUAGAUGGAUCUAUAGCUAACACUCAACUUUAUACCCACUUGCAAAAAUGUGUUUUUUCUCCUUGAUGGUGCAAUGACAAGAGGUCACCUGCCAACCUGGAACACUUGAUACAUUCCAUCAUCAUUUUAAAAAUACCUACUUUUAUUUUUCGUUUUUAAAUGGGAUUAAUCUUUGGGCUGGAAGGAGUAGGUGCCAGUCAGCUGCUAACAUGUCAGCACGUGAGGCAACAAGUAUUUGUUCACCUUAAUGAACAGAAUGAAAGCUUUUUUUUUAAAUUGCAUGCAGGGAUUUCAGGUUUCUGUAUUGUGAUAAAAAUUAUAAAAGUCCUGAGUUCUAAAGGAAGUAUAGGGAUUAGGGUUUUAUUUUUGGUUUGGGGAAAUGUUUCCUCUUCAUAGUGUGUAUUAGUACAGGUCAUAAUGAAAAUUUUUCAAAGAGAAGGGGCGUUACUGACAAACACUUAAAGACAUUUAUUUCCUUAUGUUAAAAGGUUGAUGUCCAUUUUGUUGUAAGAAAGUCUAAAGUAUCUCCUAUGUCUCCAAAGUAAUCCUGGUAGUUUUCAGACAUGCCAUGUAUUAGUCCUUACAAUAUUUGCCUUAGUAUUGUUUCUGUUCUUUCCCAUGAUAAGUACAGAUCAAAUGACCAAACACUCUGGGACUGUUUGUGUAUCUGCUGAAAUAUUCCACUAAAUGUAAAGGCUGUCCAGAGGUCCUUUCCUAGUCCAGUUUGUAAUGGGUUUUUCUUACUUUCACAUACAAGCUUCACUUUCUGCUUUAGAAACUGUUCUGAGCCUUUUGUACAGUUUUACCAGUUUCAAGGCAGAAAUUGUGAAAUGAUGACAAAUACUGUAAAAAUUUGCAUUUUCCUAAGUAAAAAUAUUUACUGGACAACAUCUGAAAGGAUAAGAAAAUUUUUCCCUACUUACAUAUCUUAAAGAGGGCACACCCAUGGAAAUAUUUUCAAAUUAUUUAAACAGAAUAAUCUUACUUUUAAAAUCAGAAUUCUAUGUCACAAAUUUCAAAGAAAUGAAUGCCAAGCUAGAACUUAAUGUAGUGUGUGAAUGUUCAAUGUACAAGCCAAUAUAGUAUAUUAAGUGACUUGAAUGAUUUUUCCUAACUGGUUUGCAACUAAUAGAUCAUAUUGAAUGUUUUUAUGUAAACUUUGUAUUGUUGGGAAAACCUACCCAAUCAGAGAUUUAUAUUUUCAUAAAUGUCAAAUUUAGUUAAAUUUUGUUACAGAGUUGUUAAAUUAGAAAUCUAUUGCAGUCUUCAAACAAAUAUACAGUCUUGUGUAUGCAUUGUUUGUACUAAUAAACUAUGG